AUAUCGGUUUUCAUUGGUGCUGAAGACAACCAAGAAGAAGAGCAUUGCUAGGCUAGCUAGCGAACGCCAGAGUAGAAAACUAAGCAUUAAAAUGCUGCUUCAGACGGUCAAACCGUUGCUUUUCCGUUGCAGGAACCUCCCACUGGCUUGUAAGAGGUCAUACUACGCCGACAAAGUUGCCCGUCUCGGUUCUCAGUCCGAUAAACACUCCACCGACUACCAGGAGAACUAUGAACGAAUGCAAGCUCUUGUUGAAGAAUUGAAAAGCCGCACGGAAAAGAUUAAAUUAGGUGGGGGAGAAAAAGCUAGAAAACUUCAUACUUCCCGUGGUAAACUCUUACCCAGAGAACGUAUCGACAGACUCCUGGACCCAGGGACUCCGUUUUUAGAAUUUUCUCAGUUUGCAGCGUACGAGUUGUAUGGAAAAGAGGAGGUGCCAGCAGGUGGUAUGAUUACAGGGAUUGGACGGGUGUCAGGGGUUGAAUGUGUCAUCGUGGCCAAUGAUGCAACAGUCAAAGGGGGGACUUAUUACCCCAUCACAGUGAAGAAGCAUCUUCGUGCACAAGAAAUAGCUCAGCAGAACCACUUGCCCUGUAUUUACCUAGUGGACUCAGGGGGAGCCAAUCUUCCCAGACAGGCAGACGUCUUUCCUGACAGAGAACACUUUGGACGCAUUUUCUUCAACCAGGCCAGGCUGUCAUCCCAGGGAAUAGCACAGAUUGCUGUGGUGAUGGGAUCCUGCACGGCUGGAGGAGCGUACGUUCCUGCCAUGGCAGAUGAAAGCAUUAUUGUCAGGAAGCAAGGAACUAUUUUCCUCGGAGGACCUCCACUGGUCAAAGCCGCUACUGGAGAGCAAGUUUCUGCUGAGGACCUCGGGGGUGCUGAUCUCCACUGCAGAAAGUCUGGUGUGACCGACCAUUAUGCUUUGGACGAUAACCACGCUCUUCAUUUGGCGCGGAAGGCCGUACGAGGACUCAACUACAAGAAAAAUAUUGAGGUUACUACAGAACCAACCGAAGCCCCUCUUUACCCUGCAGAUGAGCUCUAUGGCAUCGUUGGAGACAAUCUCAAACGGAACUUUGACAUCAGAGAGGUUAUUGCCCGAAUUGUGGAUGGAAGUAAAUUUGAUGAGUUCAAGGCAUUCUAUGGAGAUACGCUUGUGACAGGAUUCUCCAGAAUUUUUGGUUACCCGGUUGGAAUAAUUGGCAACAACGGAGUUUUGUUUUCAGAAUCUGCAAAAAAGGGGACACAUUUCAUUGAGUUAUGUUGCCAGAGAAACAUUCCUCUUCUAUUCUUGCAAAACAUAACAGGUUUCAUGGUGGGCAGGGAGUAUGAAGCAGGAGGAAUUGCCAAGGAUGGAGCAAAGAUGGUUACUGCCGUUGCUUGCGCCAAUGUACCCAAGAUCACGGUCAUUAUCGGCGGCUCAUAUGGUGCAGGAAAUUACGGCAUGUGUGGCAGAGCCUACAGCCCUAGAUUCCUCUACAUGUGGCCCAAUUCCAGGAUAUCUGUCAUGGGUGGAGAACAGGCUGCCACAGUCCUGGCCACCAUCACCAAGGAUCAACGAGCCAGAGAGGGAAAGGAGUUCACUGCAGAGCAAGAGGCUGCCAUGAAGGAACCCAUCGUGAGGCGUUUUGAAGAAGAAGGAAAUCCCUACUUCUCCAGUGCUAGACUAUGGGAUGAUGGAAUUAUAGAUCCUGCUGACACUCGUCUGGUUUUGGGACUGAGUCUGAGUGCAACACUGAACGCACCGAUGAAGAAAACACGUUUUGGAGUGUUCCGAAUGUGAUGGACUGAUUGAACCGAUCAGUGUGACAUGUAUAGUACUUGACAUAGGUUGACACAUAAACAAAGGAGGGAUAAUAACAGUAGCUCAAUUAUUUUUGACGAUCAUUUUUAUGGGGCCAAUGGUAAUUUGUGCCUUAACUGUUACAAUAUGUAAAUGCUUCUACUAUUAUAAAACUAACUAUUUUGGGUUGUUCAAACAAAAGAUUACCUUUUUUUCUCAGUAGCAUCAGUGAAAUGAAAUAUCUUAGAGAGGAAGCAGUUAUCACAAGGGGGCGCUGUGUAGCCAUGACUAUCCUCAUGAAGCUUAACGAGGCAAUACAUGAACUUGGCUGUUGACAGAAUAUAGCUGCCUUGGGGGAGCAUCUAAAAAGGUGUCUAGAGCAGAGACAGAGGUGGGUUUGUUUUGUUUUUUUUUAAUUCGAGUUAAUCUUCAUUUUUUUUCUUGACAGUUUUGUAAUGGUGCAAAUAUUGUGUCCUAACAGCAGGGUGGUAGCACCGAAUCUGGGGCCUCUGUACAAAACCCUGCCCCCCAUACACACACACAAUAAUUAUUGUGUACAUUCGGAUGAAACCGGCUUUUUUGCUCUCUAAUCGAUGGUCCUUGAAGGCAUCACAGUUAUGUGAAACUUAUACAUCACUAGUUUUUUCCCCCAUUCUUAUAUCAUUAUAUUGUUCUGCCGCUGUG